AUGGGCCGCUGUGCCGCAGCGCGGGCACAGCGCAGACUUCUUGCAGAACCGUUGGCCGACGAAGACCCCCCAGCCCUCUUAUUUACCGACAAAGCUCUGACGGGACACGAAGGUCUUACAAAGGCGCAGAGCUCCCUCCUUUCCCAGGCCCGUAUCGGGGAUAUAGGCCUCCGGGACUACCUGUUCAGGGUGAAAGUCCCGGAGGUCCGCACCCCCUAUUGCGAGUGCGGGAGAGGCAGGGAGACGGUGGAGCACUUGGUGGUUUGGUGCCCCGACCCGCCGUCACAAAGGCCGUGGGACGGCAGAGAGAUUCGGUCACAUCGGGACCUACAAACCGUAUUACGGGGAGUAGGUGCCCGGAGCAGAAGAUUUGUUAAGAAGGUCCUUGGCUGGCUGAUGGACUCUGGCCGGCUACUGGACUAG